UGGAAAGCAAAAGACAGUGAUGACUGGUGAGUGGAGUCUACAGCACGGAAAUCGUUGACUGAGUCUAAGAAAAACACACCACACUUUCUUAGAAACAACGCCGCCCCCAGUCCCCACCUUUCCAUGGCCAUACCCAUUUCUUUCUCUCUCUCUCUCUUACCCCGUCAGUAUCUCACUUUCUCUCUUCAUACACCCUUUCUCUCUCAUGGAAAAGGCACUCCAAGCCGUCUUGGCCGCCGCCGGCACCUUCUUUGUCGUCACCCUCCUCUUGGCCAUCGUCAUCCUCGCCUGCCAGCGCCGCAAGGCCAAGACCUCCAUGCUUCUAACCCGCCACGACAACCGCGCUACCAACCCAACCCGAACCCAAACCCGACCCGUCCCAAACACUGACCAAUCGUCCGUCUCCGUCGUAGAUGCCAGCUGGUCCUCCGAUCCCAACCUCAAGAUCUCCCUUACCGAGCUCGCACGCGCCACUGAAAACUUCUCUCCAAAUCUCAUCGUGGGCGACGGCAGCUUUGGCCUCGUCUAUAAGGCCCGCCUCAACGACGGCACCGUCGUCGCCGUCAAGAAGCUCUCCCCGGACGCUUUCCAAGGCUUCCGCGAGUUCCAGGCCGAGAUGGAAACUCUAAGCAAGCUCGAUCACCCAAACAUCGUCAAGAUCCUCGGCUACUGGUCCUCCGGGCCCGAACGCUUACUCGUCUACGAGUUCAUCGAACGGGGAAACCUCGAUCAGUGGCUCCACGAGCCCACCACUGGGCCCAACGACCACAUCUCCCUCAGCGACCUCCGUUUACCUCUGUCAUGGGAAACCAGGGUCAACAUCAUUAGAGGCGUGGCCCACGGGCUUUGCUAUCUCCACGGGCUUGAUAAGCCCAUCAUACACAGGGACAUCAAAGCCAGUAACGUGUUAUUGGACUCCGAGUUCAAGGCCCAUAUAGCUGAUUUCGGGCUUGCUCGGAGGAUUGACACGUCCAAAUAUUCACACGUGUCAACGCAGUUUGCUGGGACCAUGGGCUACAUGCCCCCGGAGUAUGUUGCUGGGGCCAAUGUGGCCAACCAGAAGGUGGAUGUGUAUAGCUUUGGGAUUUUGAUGCUUGAGACGGGCUCAGGGCGCAGGACUAAUUUACCAGUGAAGUUAGGGGAGGAAGAUAUUGGGCUGGUCCAGUGGGCCCGGAAGAUGAAGGAGCGAAAUGCUGAGAUGAAUAUUGUUGAUGUGAAUAUUUCAAGAGAAGGUUUAAGGGAAGAGUGUGUUAAAGAGUAUGUGAGGAUUGCUUGCAUGUGCACUGCUGAGUUGCAGAAGGAAAGGCCUGAGAUGCCCGAGGUUGUUCGCUUGUUGGAUUCCAUGCCGCUCUGAGCCUCCGCCGCCAAUGCCGGAACUAAUUCGCUUGUCCAGUCCAGAUACUAGCGGCGGCACUUCACCUCUGACCAAGGCCUUACAAGAGACGACCAACGUACGGCACUGUCAUUGGUUUUGCUGUGAACCAGAGCUUGUUCUCUGUCCGGUUUAUGGCUGCGAUGGACCAAACUCAAGGGGAGAUUCAUGCCAAUUGCUGUGAGGAGUAGCAAUAACCAACUAGUCCUUUUCGUUGGCUUCUGUGGUUAAGGAGCCGAGGGUGUGGUUGAAGUAUUAUUUUAUUAUUUAUAUUUUAUUUUUAUGAAAAUUAAAUAUAUUUUGAAAGAAGAUGAGAAUUAAAAUAAUAAUAUUUUAAAUUUUUGAAAUUAAAUUUAUUUGAAAAUAAAUUUUUAAAUUUUGAAUUAAAUAUAAAAAUAUAAUAUUUUUAUCUUAAAAUUCUUAAAAAUUAUUUAUAAUUUUUUCAACCACACUACACUCUGACAAAAAUAGGAAUGUUUAUAGUCGGACUGAAUUUAAUUAGAUUUAGACGCAACUCCAAUAGUCUAUUAAGUUUAUUUUGACUUAAUCUAAUAUAAAAUUAGUAUAUAUAAUAUAAAUUUAUAAAUUUAAUAAAAUAUUAUAUCAUAUAAUAUAUAUAAAAAAAUUUAAUUAAAAUAUAAAAAUAUAAUAUUUUAUUAUUAAUUUUACUCUAAAUGGUAUAUUUUACUUAUAAAAAAAAUAACAAUUUCAAAUUAGAUCGGACCACCGGAAAUAUAAUUCGAAGGUGUUUGUUACGGUACGAUGAUAAAUUUAUACGUACUGAUAUAAUAAAAUAUGGACAAAUUAGAACAAGACAUGUGGACUAUAUUUUCCAUGUCAAUAAUUAAUUUUUCUUUUUUUAAAUACAAAUUAUAUCAAUACUUUUACUAAAUCACCCUUAUACUUUAAUAAAAAUAAAAAAUAAAUUUUAUUUAAUUUUAAUGAAAAGACUUAAAUAUUCUUUUCUUUUUCUAUUGGACAAAAAUCACCCUAAUCUUUUAAAUUUAAUCAAAAUUCAAUUAAUUUUACUUUAUAAUUUUAUAUCUGAAUCAAUUUAAAAAUCAAAACUAAAAUACAUUUCAUUAUUCAUAUACAUUACAAAAUUAUUUUAUUUCUGAUGAACCCUAAUCUAAUUUCUCCUUUCCUAUUCAUACCAAAAAAAAAAAAACAUAUCUAAAGAGUAACCUUUCCCUAAUCCCCCUACCAGACAGCUGUAUUUUAUCGUCACCCUCUCUCUUUCUCGUAGCCGUGCUUCCUCUCCGUCGGUCUUCACACUCCAGCAGCUGCUAGCCGUUCUCCGUCCCUCUCCUCUCCGCAUUAUAUGGUUGCUUUGGAUUAUUAUGGGAUUUGAUUUGUAAUAUUUCUUUUCCUUGUGAUCAAGCUUAGUCAAUUAAGUAAUGAGAUUCAGUUCUAUUUCAGUGCAUCAACUAUGAAUGAGUGUUUUAUGAUUAUAGUUAUUUAUGAGGCAAAUUACUCUCUUAAGUGGAUAAUUAUUAAGGCUUGGUUCAUGUUUUUAAUGUAAUUGCUUGCCC